AUGCUGCCCGCCGGUGCCCUGGUUUCCGACCUCGCCAAGGCACUGGACGAGACCAGCAAGGUCCCUGGCAAAUGCAGCAGCUUCCUUCGAGAUGGGGUGCCUCUGCGCAUGGAGGAUCGUUUGGCCUGCAGCCGUGGCGCAGGCGUGGAGGAGGUGAAGAUUCAGCUGGUGGUCCACAGCCUUGUGGGGCGCUGGACCUGGAUAAAGGGCGAGAGGCGGGACGAGCAGGAGGCGCAUGACUACGAGUGUCACGUUCUUCUGCUGCGCGGCGACGGCCGAGCCCAGUUCAACCAGUUUCAUUCCUGGCGGAAAGACAACGAGAACUAUGGCUCCAAGAGGACAAUGAUCGGCUGCAAGGAACGGGGUGGUCCACGAGACCAGCUGAGCAGCCAAUUCCUUCAGGGAGACGACUUGAAAGACGAAGGUCGAGGCGUAUGGGAGGUGCAGCAUGACCCGGAGCCCACCCUUUGUGUCAGCGGGCCUGGCUUCGUCUCUGCCGGGAUCAUCGAAGAUGACGACCUGGUGGCCCACGGCGCGGGAGCGAUCCCGCACGAAGUCUUCGUCGUGACCCUCCGCGAGCUGCUAGCGAGCUUCGAGUUCUCCAAAGACUGA